UUCAAAUAGGACAUACACCAGUUUUUCCUUUUUUUAGGGUAUUCAAAUGACGUAGUUUGACGGAAAAUACAUGAUCAAAUACAGAUGAUAAUCAUAAACGCCGUUUUCUGAAGAGUAGUUUACAAAACAAAAUCGCAGUCGAGAUCUGAUGUAAAGCGCCGUCUCUGUUUUCACAUGCGUGGGUGCUAAAAUUAGGAUCAUUAAGAACUUUAGCUUGGCGACGGGACCAUACGGAUCAUGAGCCAUUCCAUGUGCAGGUGUUGGCAACAGACGAACGAAAACACGCUUUGUGUGGGCGAUAUGGUUCCCGCACUCGCAGAGCUUGUUUGAAAUGUUAGUAGAAACUAAGACUGAUAACCUUAGUUAUCUUGUAGUUUGACCUCUGCCUUUGACUGAAUUUCGAAGCAUGGAGCCUCACUUACGCAAAGGUCUUAUCCUGGGGAUGGGAAAUCCCUUGCUGGACAUAUCAGCCAAAGUUCAAGAAUCAUUUCUGAAAAAAUAUGAUAUGAAACCUAACAAUCAAAUACUGGCAGAGGAAAAGCACAAACCAUUGUAUGAAGAGUUAGUGGAAAAUUAUAAAGUUGAAUAUACUGUUGGGGGCUCUACACAAAAUGCACUCAGAGUUGCACAGUGGAUUCUUUGUGAACCUGAUGUUACAGUUUUCAUGGGUUGUGUUGGCAAAGACAAAUUCAGCACGAUUAUGGAAACAAAGGCCCGAGCAGAGGGAGUAGAUGUGAAAUACCAGUAUACAGAUAAAGAACCUACAGGUACCUGUGCUGUUCUCAUUACAUCAAAUGGUGCUGAACGCUCAUUAUGUGCCAAUCUGGCUGCUGCAAAUUGUUUCACAAUUGAUCAUAUCAGACAUCCAGAGAACAGGAAACUCAUAGAUAAUGCAUUGUACUACUAUGUAUCGGGUUUCUUCCUCACCGUGAGCCCAGAAUCCAUCCUUGAAGUUGCUGAUUGUGCACUUAAGAAAGAUUCUUUGUUUAUGAUGAAUCUUAGUGCUCCCUUUCUGUCACAAUAUUACAGUAAGCCAAUGAUGGAAGCCAUGCCCUAUGUUGAUAUUCUGUUUGGAAAUGAAUUAGAGGCAGCAGCAUUUGCAAAAUCACAAAAAUUUGGAACUGAAGACCUGAGGGAAGUUGCUCUGAAAAUUACUCAGCUUCCUAAGCUUAAUAAAAAGCGGCCCAGAAUAGCAAUCAUUACACAAGGGGAAAAUCCUGUAUUGUUAGCAAAAGAUGGUAUUGUCAAUGAAUUUUCAGUCACUCACUUACCUCCAGAAAAAGUGAUUGAUACAAAUGGUGCAGGAGAUGCAUUUGUUGGAGGUUUCCUGUCUCAACUAGUUUUAGGAAAACCAGUUGAGACAUGCAUCCGCUGUGGCGUUUAUGCUGCAACUGAGAUUAUUCAGCGUUAUGGCUGUACUUAUGAAGGGGUAGCAAAUUUUGUGGAAUGAGUCAAGUAUAUUUUCAAGCUGAAUAUUUUGUUACAGCACACUGCAGACAUUGUGUUUUAUAGUAUCACCUCAGAUCUGCUCCCUCUUUCUACACCCUUCAUUUAAAUAUUAAUUUAACAUAUACGAAUUUAUUGAACAAAAGGGAAGUAUGUACAGGAAAUGUAUUUUAUAUGAUGUGUUCCUUAAUAUUUAAGGAGACAGAUUAAGAAAACUGUUUUUAAAUAAUUGGGCAAUAUGUCAUGGGUCAGGAAAUUUUCUUAGGAUAAAAGUAUCCUGUGUACGUUAAUUUAAGUAUCUAGUCCAUGUAGGCAGCACCUUUUUUUAUGAUAAUUGCUGGUCACAGGAGUGUUCCUUAAUUGUAUUACAUUACUAAAAAACAAGAAGAGCUUUUAGUACAUCAUCCAUUGAUAAGUGAGAAAUUAACUGUGUGUGCCAUUGAAUAAACAACCAAGUAAAAUCCUGGGUCAUGUUACAGUCUAAAUUUAUGAAGGGAACCAAAUGAAAACAUUUUUCCCCAUUAUUGCAUAAUUUAACAAAAUUGAUCCAGUAGCCCAUAAUUUUUCUACAUAAUUUCCAAUGUGUUCGGUACACAUCAUUUUCCUAAAAGUUUCGAAGUGCAUAGAUAGUUUGUAAACAAUUCUUCUGACAGAGCAUAACAUAGCAUGCCAAACUUCAUGUGAUCUGUAUGUAUUUCCUCAUGACGCUUCUCAGAGCUGUCCAGUGUUUUGAAAAGCCUCUGAACAUAAGGUCUGGUAAGUUAAAUGUACAUUUCAGACAUUUAAAAUAUGCAUAUUUGCUGGAUAUAAUAUUUGUGUGUAUACAGACUGAGGAAGGCAGUACUGCAUUUGAGACAGUUGACUUAUAUUUGUUAAGAGCACAGUUGAAAUUGCGUAUUGCUGUUCUCAGUCAGUUUUUCCAUAUUUUCUUCUUAAAUAGCUCCUUGCAAAUGCCUGGAAGGGUCAUGCAAAAACAGCUUAUACAGACUGAGGAAGGCAGUACUGCAUUUGAGACAGUAUACAGACUGAGGAAGGCAGUACUGCAUUUGAGACAGUUGACUUAUAUUUGUUAAGAGCACAGUUGAAAUUGCGUAUUGCUGUUCUCAGUCAGUUUUUCCAUAUUUUCUUCUUAAAUAGCUCCUUGCAAAUGCCUGGAAGGGUCAUGCAAAAACAGCUGUAGCCAAAUUCUUAUCUGUCUCCUCCCAAAAGUUGUCUGCCACUCUUGGGUCCUACCUGUUUCUGUCAUUAGUCAGCACACGUGUGUUCUUUGCUUUAUAUCUAUCGUUCCCUGCUCUGAAAGUGAGUAUCGAUGUCCGUUCUGACCUUAUUCUUGCAUCAGUUAUGCGUAUGAGUGUGGCAGCCAUUUUGAUUCAACUAUUCUGUUGGUGCUGUGUUCUAGUUAUAGAUGACAGGCAGUGAAUCACUUACAAAACAGAUGAAACACUGUUUCCAGCUUAAAAGCAAAAAGCAAAACUGUGCUUCUGUCUUGAAACUCCCUUGUAAAAAAUUGUCAUUUGAUUCUUUCUGAUACAUAACUUGCAAGCUAUGUCCUGGCUGCUGUGUCCCAAAAUUGUUGAGGACAGUCAGAUAUUUCUUAAGGCAGAGCAGAAUACAUUUUGGUAAUUGACUUUAUUUCUUGAGAAUAACCAGUAACAAUACUUAAAUUUUUCUAAUUAAUACCUAAAGAUAUCGUUGCCAUCUGCCCUUCCAAGGACCGUAUAUCAUGAUGUUUUAAAAUUUAUCUCAGUACUUCAUGGUUGAUAUCAGGUUUACAGAUAAAUACCUACAUUUGAUGAAGUUGUAUUUAUAAAAGUAAUUAUCUGCAGUGCUGUGGAAUAUAUCUGAGAAGAAAUGAUGAAAAUUAGAUGAAUUGUGGAGAAAUGUCAAAUAUUAUAAAUGCAUUGAGUCUAGCCUUCUUUGUAUGUGCUACUACAGUGAAAGCUAGUGAGGUACUUUUUAUUGUUACUAUUACUUUAUAAACAAAUCUAGAGAAACUGAAAACAAUCAUGAAGUAUUUAAAAGCUUUAGAAAGUGCACACACACUGUGUAAAGUGGCGGAAGAACAAAGGUACACUGAAAUGCAUCACAAAGGUUGUCCUAUACUAUUGUGAAGUCUACUGUUUACUUGUUUAUCAAUAUGUUGUUUUGUGAUAAGAUAUUUUGUACAAAAUAAGUACUUAAUUCCUAGUUUUAGUUUACCUUACAAAUCAUACCUGUGUGACUGUUUCCUAUUUUAUUUAUGUUUGGGGCUUGCUUUUGCCAUGAUCCUCUUAUACAAAAAUAAUUUAUAUUAAUAAUUGAUAUUUGUCAGUUCCCUAUGAAUUGAAGUGCUUCUCGUGAUAUCCAAACUCAAUUGUAGUAUUAUUUCAGUUGUGUAUUUUAAACUUGAAUUUUCAUUAUUAAGAUUGGUUUGGUCUUAAAGUCUCCCAUCAAACAAAAUAUAUCCUGGGUAAUAGGAAGAGCAGUUCCAUGCAAUUUAGCAAAGAUAUUUAUUAGGCAAUAUUUAUAGUUACAUUAUUCAAACACAAACCUUUCAUAUUCAGGAAUGUCUCUUUAUUUACCAGUUUCACAUUUUAAAGAACUGAAGGGAAACUUUAAAACAUAAUUUCUGCUGUUCUCCCAUACAUCAAGAUUGAGGGUAUUAUUCCACAGCUUGUCUUCUAGUGAUAAGUGUUGCACCCUCUAUAUCAAGGGGAUCUCGUGUUCAGUUCCCAGCCAUGUUGGAGAUUUUCUUUGGUCAAGAACUGGGUGUUUGUGUUGUCCUCACCAUUACAUCUCAUCUUCAAAAUGGAAGUCACCGAAGUGGCAUCAACUAGAAACAUUUGUCCUGUGUGGCCGAACAUCUCUAGACAGGGUCUCCCAACUAAUAAUGCCAUAUGAUCACAUCAUUUUGUUCCUUACGUUUGGCAAUCAUUCACUACAAAAUUUACAAAAGCAAAACAGUUUCCUUGCACCCUUCAUUUUUACUACACAGCAGUAUACAGUGUCUUCCCCCAGACUCCCCCCUCCCAUAAAAAAUGUACUCUUGGUAACAGGCAGAGCAGUUCCAUGCAAUUUAGCAAAGCUGUUAAAACAAAUGACCCUACUGUAAUGCCAUUCCUGAAAAAUAAUUUACAUUUCAGUUACUGUUUUCGUUUUCACAUGUGUCUACAACAAUGUUGAAAAAGAAACUUUGAUGUUAAACAGGUGGAUGAUGGAACAGAUUCAGCAAGACCCGUUAUAUAUUUUGUUGCCGUUGGGAUCAUAAUGAGUUUAAUAAAGCCAAUCAUUCAGUGAUUUAAUUGAGAUUGCAAUUAAAUUAAUGAAUUCACGUAGUACAGGAGAGUGUUCAUGGGAUUACAUUUUAAUAACUAAAAAAUCUAUUCUGUCUAAUAAGUAUUUAACAAACUUGAUGCUGAGACAUUUGUGAAAGGCUGUAAUAAUUCUCAGUCAUUAUAUAGGGGCUCAUUUCGAGAAUACUGAGGCCUCAGGCUUGUACUUCAAUUUGCGAGUCAUAGUAACUGUCCUUGAAACAGUUGUCUAUAAAUUUUCUGUGAUAUUACACAAAAAUAAACAACAUUUUAGGAAUAAUACAAUGUUUUGUGACAGUGGAUUAUUGAAUGUCAUAUAGUUACAGGCAAUGUGUUAAAUGUGGUGAAUUGUGAUUGCAGGACAUUUAAUCUCAUAACUUUUAGCUUCCUUGUUAAACUGCAUUAAUUUACUGAUAACAGUAGGAUUAGUAACCUCUUUAUUUAGGUUUCGGUACAGUAUGAAGUCUGAGAAUACAUUUUAGACCAAUUACUACUUUAAAUCAAAAGUUGUACAAUUUAGUAAUUAACUAUAGUUUUCACUGUUCUUCAGUGGAGUAAUAGUACCAGAUGUGAUUAAUUUAUAUGGAGUAUUUCAGGUAUUAAUGAAAAUUUAUGAACAUGUAAUUUAGUUACAAAGUAGUGGCAGUGCUGCAUAAUAUUGUUGACACUUGUGGAGCCAUGCGACACUUCUUUAUUCUUACUUCAUAACUGGUUUUGCUGUAGCUUUUCCAAAGUUGGUCACUUCUCCACAGUUUGUGACAUCGCCCCAAGAAUGGUUAUUGGUAAUAACUUGUACACUGGACAGACAAGGCCAGAGAGCUUUUGAGGUGAAAAUAUCACCUCCAAGGAAAUAAAAUGGGCAAAGAUCCUCUCUUUUUUUAUUCAGAUUCAUAACUGACUUCAUUUUUCACUAUACAGUGUUUUAAUAAUGUUGUUGCACAUUCUGAAAGAGUCAGUUGAAUCUUAAAACCUAGUAUCCACAGUCAAGUCUUUAUAAUCAUCAUAAUAUGCCAUUUCAUUUUUUUUCUCCUUUGUUAUCAACACUGCAGCCUAUUGAACAAUAUGAUGCUUAAACAUUCCAAAAUUGUGCUUUUAGUUGACCAAAUAUCAUAUUUGGACUUGGUGCUCAAAAUAAUUGCACAAAUGUUGCAGUGAUGAUUUACUGAGGAAAAUUUCUCAUGGGUAAGAUGAAAUGUGAAAUGAAUCUCAUUUUAGUAUUAAAUGCCUACAUGUAUUGUACUGCCUACUAGAGCAGAACAAUAAAAUUCUAGUUUGUAUUUACAUUUCCUUGUUUCCACCCAAAUUUUCCAAGUAUCACACAUAGAGUAUUUGAAAAGUAUAUUGUACCCUUUACAAGCUUUUUGGAAGAGAUUAUUUUUAUUCCAAGAUUUCCUGUAAUUGUAGCAUGCUGUGAAGAUCAUUGUUUACACAGAUUAUUUAAGGUAUGAAUUGUGUUCUGAUGGAUAUCUGUGCCUUUAAUUGUAUAAAAUUGUGAUUUUUAUACAUUCUGUAAAAUGCUAAUGUUUCUAUUGUCACACAGCACUGCCUUCAUGUGAAAUAUGUCUGUAACUGUGAAAAACUGUUUUCAUUUUUGAAAACAUUUGUUGACUUUCAUAUUUUUUGUGUAUAACUACUUGCUGACAAAUCGGGAUUCAUAAAUAAAAUAUGCUAUGGUUGGCAUAACACUUUAGUGUA